AUGAGCGAGCCCCGAGGAAUUGAGAUCGAGGAUCUCACCGUCCUGUGGACGGAUCUCGCCCUCUCCGACGACGAGGAGAGGGCCCCAGCCGCCCCGCCGUCGUCGACGUCGCCACCACCAGCGACGCCACCGCCGACGUCACCACCAACGUCACCGCCGACGUCACUGCCGACGUCACCGCCGCUACCACCAGCGAGCCCCCCGCCGCCGUCGCCGAGGCCACCGAACCCCCAAGUUCCGGCAAGGGGGACCCGGAUACAACGGUCCGACACGGCGCAGCGCCGUAAGGCAAUCAUCCUUACGGCUCCGCUGCCCCCACCACCCGGGCGCCGAGGACGCCAGCCAAAGACGCUGGCAGCAGCAGCAACGACAAGGGCUACCACCCGCCCCACACGGCCGCCGACGACUCCGCCGCCGCAACGACCGCCGCCGCCGCAACGACCGCCGCCGCAGCAACGGCCACCGCCGCAACGACCGCCGCCGCAGCAACGACCACCGCCGCAACGGCCGCCGCCACCGCCACAACGAAUGUCCAUCGUGGCGUCUGCUGUGUGGCACGUGGCGUCGUCCUGA